AUGGUCAACCCCCUGAAAGAAUGGGACUUUGUUCAACCACUAUUGCUCGAUCUCGCCCUCGAGGAGUUGCGUCAGGACCCUGUGGUCAAAGAGGGCAUCAACAUUCACUCCCUUACUCCCUACAUUCAAUGGAAAGUUGUACGCGGUCGUUUCAAGGAUGCACCAUGGUGUCGACUACGGCACCCCCUCGACUGGGAAGCAUUCAUUGAGGCCGUCAACACUGAGCGCAUGGUACCUAAGAUCGAGUGGACAGCUUUCAUUCAAAUUGAUACGCGCUUCGUACCGCAAAUCCAGUCUCUCGCCCGUACCGAAGACCUCGAAACUCCCACUAGGUCCUCCCAGCAGAAAUCAAGGCCCCGCAACAUUCCAUUCGCAAGGGCUAGGAAUACAGCAACAACUAGGGCCCUUCAGGAUGUUUCUGUCAACAUCGAGGGAGACCCUGUUGCUUACCACAAGUUGCUUGCCGUACAGUCCCUUCAGCAGAAAUACAAAUGCGCCCAGCACCAUCAAAACCUAUGCUACGUUCACCCAUUGAGUAAGGCUCAUCGACACAUCAAUAUGCACCAGCAGAAUCGAUGGGCAGACUAUAUUGCCAAUGAAGAGCCUGGGGUCUCGCUCGAUCAACCACCCCUACAUGACACCAUGUUCAACAGCUUGCGUGAGGCAUUCAAACCAACAGAUCAACCCUCGGCAACACCUGAAAGCAGGUCUUCAAGUGGGCAUUCGCACCUACCUACCCCCAUGACAGUCAGCCGGUUUGACUUGAACCAAGCACCCCCUUUGACUCAGGUACCAGACCAUGCGCAACCCAUGAGAGGCUCGAGCCCUCUUUCAGGACCAGCAGGAGAUGAUUUGGAUGGAUUCUUGGAGUAUGUUGGGCGACAUGCGCCUGCCUACACCAACAUCAAUAUUGACGUAGUCAGGGAUGCAGUGGUUGACCACGGCAUUCGCCUCGACGACCUCAAAAAGAUACCGGAUGAUGGCCUACCACCUGCUAAGAAGGGCUGGGUCAUGAUCAUGAAGAAUUGCUGGCCAGUUUGGAAAGGUAUUAUGCGGGAGAAUGAUUCCAACGCUAAACGACUGGAGGCAAGACCCUUCGAGGUUUACGAGGUUCCCGAUGAGUCAGAAAGUAUCUAUUAG